AUGUUUGGACCAUAUGUCCUCGUACAGACCUUAGGAGAAGGCGAAUUUGCCAAAGUCAAGUUGGGCGUACAUGCUGACACUGGUGAAGAGGUUGCUAUCAAACUAAUCAGACGUCAAUCCAUGGAUAAUACGCAACGGAUAAGCAAGAUCGGACGAGAAAUAUCUGUUUUGAGGACAAUCCGACACCCGAAUAUCAUUACACUUUUCGAUGUUAUUGAGACAGAGCGUUAUUUUGGUAUCGUGAUUGAAUAUGCAUCAGGAGGCGAGCUUUUUGAUCACAUUCUCGCCCAUCGGUAUCUAAGAGAAAGGGAUGCAUGUCGACUGUUUGCUCAGCUGAUGAGUGGUGUACAUUACCUACAUUCAAAGCACAUUGUCCAUCGAGACCUGAAGCUAGAAAAUCUACUGUUGGAUAAGAAUCGGAACAUCAUUAUCACAGACUUUGGCUUUGCAAAUCAAUUUGAUAGCUCAUCAUCUGAUCUUAUGUCAACCUCAUGUGGCUCACCAUGCUAUGCCGCUCCUGAACUCGUCAUCUGUGAUGGCUUAUACGUGGGAACUGGCGUUGAUAUUUGGAGCUGCGGUGUCAUUUUGUAUGCAAUGCUCGCAGGGUACCUACCAUUUGAUGAUGACCCUUUAAAUCCCGAUGGUGACAAUAUCAAUCAGCUUUAUAAUUACAUCCUAGCGACAACUCUUGUGUUUCCCAAGCACAUUUCAUCAGAUGCGAGAGACCUUUUACAAAUGAUGCUCGUACCAGACCCUACCAAGCGUUGUGAUAUGAAGCGAAUUAUGGCGCACCGAUGGCUCCAUCCAUAUUCUUAUAUGCUUCAAUUUACGAUCGAAGAGCUUGAGGUAUAUUGCCUAUAA